CAAACUGUGGUAUUUUAUCUCUUGGCCAGCUCCGGUCGGCUCUGCUAUAAAAGCCACAACCCCGUUACAGAAAGUCUGCUCUGUCCGAUAGGUCAGGAGACCCCACAGUCCACCAGCAUGAAGACUCUCCUCCUUGUGGUGCUGCUUGGAUGCCUUGCUGCCGUAUUCGCGGCCCCGGCUGCGAAGGUGCGAUGGUGUGUAAAGUCGGACCAAGAAUUAAGGAAGUGCACGGAUCUUGCAGCUGCAGCUCCUGAGUUCUCCUGUGUGAAAAAGGAAAGCACCCUUGAGUGCAUUAUAGCAAUCAAGGCAAGUGAAGCAGAUGCAAUCACAGUAGAUGGAGGAGAUGUUUACACAGCAGGACUGAACAACUAUGAUCUCCACCCUAUCCUUGCCGAAGACUACGGCGAGACUUCCGACACCUGCUACUACGCUGUGGCUGUGGUGAAGAAGGGAACCAACUUUGGCAUUAGGGACCUUGGAGGGAAGAAAUCCUGCCACACCGGUUUGGGAAAAUCUGCCGGCUGGAACAUUCCCAUUGGAACUCUGAUUUCAAUGAAUGUCAUUCAGUGGGCUGGCAUUGAGGACAAACCCGUUGAGGAGGCGGUGAGCACCUUCUUCCAAGCAAGCUGUGCCCCAGGGGCUACAAGGGGCUCCAAGCUGUGCGAAUUGUGCAAGGGUGACUGCUCCAGGUCCCAAAGGGAGCCUUACUACGAUUACUCCGGAGCCUUCCAGUGUCUGGCAGAAGAUGCAGGCGAAGUAGCUUUCGUCAAGCACCUCACUGUACCUGAUUCUGAGAAGUCCAAAUAUGAGCUGCUUUGCCUGGAUAACUCAAGAGCCCCCAUUGAUAGCUAUAAAACCUGCCAUCUGGCCAGAGUGCCUGCUCACGCUGUCAUCACUCGCAAGGAUCCAGAACUGGCUGAAUUAAUCCGGAACAGCCUCAGCGGAGUACAGAACUUCAACCUAUUUUCCUCUGAGGCGUACGCCCCUGCCAAGGAUCUGAUGUUCAAGGAUUCAGCACAGAGAUUGGUGCCAGUUCCUCCAAACACAGACUCCUUCCUGUAUCUGGGUGCUGACUACGUGAGCAUCAUCCACUCCCUCAGGAAAGAGCAGAGCACAGGACCUGAAUCCUCUAGCAUCAGAUGGUGCGCUGUGGGCCAUUCUGAGACUGCAAAGUGCGACACGUGGAGUAUCAACAGCGUGACUGAUGACACCGCCUCUGUUGAAUGUCAGAACGCCCCAACCGUUGAGGACUGCUUCAAGAAGAUUAUGCGCAAAGAGGCAGAUGCAGUGGCAGUGGACGGUGGACAGGUGUACACCGCUGGAAAGUGUGGUCUGGUUCCUGCCAUGGUGGAGCAGUACCAGCAAGAACUGUGUGGCUCUUCUCCAGACACAGCCUCCUCUUAUUAUGCUGUUGCUGUGGUAAAGAAGUCUUCAGGGGUGACCUGGGCAAAUCUGGCGGGAAAGAAAUCCUGCCACACAGGCGUUGGCAGGACAGCUGGCUGGAACAUCCCGAUGGGUCAUAUCUAUGCCCAGACUAAGGACUGUAAUUUUGCUAAUUUCUUCUCCAGCGGUUGUGCCCCCGGAGCCGAAGCCAACUCUCCAUUCUGCCGUGAGUGUAAAGGCAGCGGCAAAGCCGUGGGAGAUGAAGCCAAGUGCAAAGCCAGUGCUGAAGAGCAGUACUACGGCUAUGCUGGAGCUUUCAGAUGUCUGGUAGAGGGUGCUGGUGAUGUUGCCUUCAUUAAACACUCAAUCGUUUCAGAAAACAGUGAUGGUAAUGGUCCUGAUUGGGCUCGUGGUGUGAAUUCUGACGACUACCAGCUGAUCUGCCCUGGAAAGGAUCCAGUGCCAGUCGGGGGCUUUGCUUCUUGUCACUUGGCUGUUGUCCCAGCACACGCUGUGGUAACUCGGCCUGAUGUUCGUGACAAAGUUGUCCGCAUCCUACAAGACCAACAGACCAAGUUUGGAGCCAGUGGCAGUGAUCCUACGUUCAGAAUGUUCCAGUCCGCCAAUGGAAAGAACCUCCUCUUCAAGGACUCCACCAAAUGUCUCCAGGAAGUUUCUCAAGGAAAAAGUUAUGAGCAGUUUUUGGGACCAGAGUACAUGAACGCCAUGUCCUCACUCAGACAAUGCAGUGAUACUGCGUCAGAUCUGGAGAAAUCUUGCACUUUCCAUACCUGCCAGCAACCUUAAAAGUGUCACAGGCAGUUUUCCACCGAAGUUGGGCAUCAGUGAUUCAACUACACUUCCUACACUCAACCUCCCAAAUCACAUCACCUUGUUCUAACUGAUCUUGCUGCCUGUUUUUCUAUGUACAAUCAGCACAGAAAUAUUACAAACUUCAGAUCAAUCUUCAUGUUACCAAGUCGUUUUAGCCGUUGUAACUUCCAACUUUAACGGAUCAACUUUGCUUUGUUCAGUGCAUGACUUUUCCCAAAUAAAAUUUCUCAAACCUUU